GUGGGAAAAUACUUUGCGGAAGGAAACGAAAAGGAAAGAAUGAAACAAGAGUUGCGCAAGAAAGAUACAAGAGCAGAAUGGAGAGAGAAUGAACCUUAUGAGCUGCCGGGGAAGGCAGAUCAUAACAGAAUUUAUACAUUGCAAUCAGAGUAAGUUGUUGUUGUACUUCUUUCUACCUCCCUCUAACUUUACAUUUUUUCCCGUUUUAGGCGUCGAAUUUUGAAGAGCGAAAUUGUGCACUGAAUAACAUGGCUCCACUAUUUUUUAUUACAAAUCAUCGAAACUAUGCCCGCUUAUUAUCACAGCAUAUUUUCGAUUUACAAUCCUGGUCGAAACCGUUACUAGAAGUAUUAUCCACAUCAUUCGGUGUUAGAAGAACCAGUCGAUCCUUCUCUACUAUCGCACUAGAUCAGGCGAUUGAAUGCAGUAUUAACAAAGCCGGAAAGGGUCACGGGGGAAUAUCGGGUAAUUUUGAUUCAAAACUGGUGGAAGUCUGGUGUAAAUCGUAUUCAUUCCGAUCUUUGCUAUCACCAAUUACCAGUGAUAUAGCCAAUUACGAAACAAGUAAAAGCAAUAUUGACGGACAUAUUGAAUAUACAGCAACACGCAUGAAAGUCGAUGACUAUUAUUUAAAAUUAAUAUUAUCCAAAUUGAUUCCAGAAAAUUUAUUCAAAUGUAAUAACAGUCAUGUUACACAAUUGAUAACAGGAAAAUAUAUUCACGACGACAUUAUAAAAUCAGUAUGUUCAUAUAAACAAAAUGGUCUUGAUGCAUUGAAACAAUAUAUGGAUCAACGUUUGAUACAUAAAACUGUGCCAUUAUCAACCCCGUUAAAGGAUAUUAAGACAUUAAAAAUCCGUUACAAUGAUUCAUAUGAACUCGCCACAGGGAAAGUCAAACAAACGAGACGCCAGACUCAUUCUAAUACCAUGAAAAAUACUGAUGCUGAAAUAAGACGUUGUAUAUCAUUAAGCCAAGAACGGGAAUUAAAUUUACCGUUAUUGUUCAGUUUUGAGUUCUCGAAGUACCCAUUAGCUUUAUGUGACAGUAAUAACCCUGAAUUGCUCAAUCAACAACAAAAAUCAAUCGCAUUAAAAUUUUUAGAACAAACAUUUCCGGACAGUUGCAGUCAUCAACACUUGUUACUACCCGCCCAAUUAUCAACGUCAUCCAGCAAUAAAUCAGCGAUUAUAGUCGACUGGGGUGUUCUUUUGCAAACAAGGCCGGCAAAUCAUCAUAAAACCGUCUACCAUUACGCAUUGGAUCUAUUAGAAACAAAAGUUUAUCCUCAUUUCAAAUACUUUCAUCGAAUUGAUGUUGUGUUCGACUCGUGUCUGAGUGCAGAUAUGAAAAUGUUUACAAAUCGCCAUAAACCAGAGGAAAAACAUAUGAUGAAUUAUUACGAGGAGGCUGCUGCAGUUGUGAAAUGCUGGUUAUUACAAGAGGUGGUAGAAUGUUUAUCAGACAAUACAUGUCUAGUAGUGGCUGGACCGGAGAAUGCAUAUAUUUUAAAGAAGAAUUUACAAACAGUAAAUUCGAUUGAGUUGAAAAGUAAUCAGGUCGAAGCCGAUACACGUAUGAUGUUGCUGCAUAUUGACAAAAUAAUCAAUGGUGUUGAAGAUUGUAAUGAAUAUGACAAAAUUGUUGUUAAAUCGCUUGGUACAGAUAUUAUUUUCUUAUGCAUUUAUUAUGCUUCACUCGUGCAAAUAUCAAUGGUAUCCGUAGAUUAUUCAUUACAAAGAAGAGACAAACAAUCUCGAUACAUCAACUGUACCGAUGUCCAAAAAGAAUUAAUUAAUAAACAUAAUGUCUUACCGAUCGUAUUGAUGAAUGUGUAUGCUCUAUCUGGCUGCGACACAUGCUCAUUUAUUCGCAAUAUCAGUAAAGCAACAUUUUUUCAAACAUUAUUCAACAACAGUCAUGAAUAUAAUGAUCUUGUUGGACUUAAAGAAUUGCCAUCAUCACAAAAUGAUAUUAAACUCGUAGAACAAUUGAUAAUCGACUGUUUAUGUAAUAAUCAUCAUCGUGCUUUUUCACAAAUAUCGUCUUGUUCGCCCCAAAUGCCACCCCCAUCGGUACCGAGACAACAACAACAAAAAAUUGACUUAAUUGACACUUUACGUGCGAUGAUGGCAUUAAAUGCAAUCAAACAAAACAAACAUCGCAUCUAUGUUACCACCGUCAAGUGA